GCCUCUCCAGGGGCCACACAGGGAAAUCUCCUUGCUCAGCCCACUCCUGUUUGCCAUCCUCAGUUUCCCAUUUUACAGCUCAACAACAGAAUCAGACCUGGAGUGACGGAAGCUGCAGAAGACAGAGCCGUGGAGCGGGACCAACAAAAGUGGGGGCGCAGGUGACUCUGCAUGACUCCCUGCCAUUGGCCUUUCUUCAUCUAGAGUCAGAAACAGGCAGAGGAGGUCCCCCAAAAAGAAAAGACCUAAAUUCCCUAUGCUAUAUUGGGGGCUGUGUAAGCAAGCCUUGUAGGAAGAUCACACUGAUCUCCGUUAACUCGCUUUUGUCUUCAGACGAAGCCCACCCCGCGCGGGACUCAGAACUGCGACGCCAGAGGAGACUAUAAAUCACAUUUUCCGUUUUGCCAAGGGCGUCCUAUUAGGCUCUGCCAACAGGGGGCGCUGGAGGGAGACAGCAAGGCCGGAGCGGGACUUCCUGUCUGCUUCCUCUCUACUUCCUGCUUCUGUGAGCAUCACCAUGACAACGUCCGUUUACCUGGCAGUGCAGUGGUGGUUACUUUAUGUAGCUACAUUAAAUCCAGUUUACAGUAACGGAGGACAGAGACACGAGCUACCUGUAUAAGAGGUCUGGACUUCAGCCUGCGGCCCUCCUCCGAGCCCAGACGCCCCAGCCCCAUCUGAGUAGCGUCCCCAUCUCAGAGGUCCGAGUUUCAGCUGGUUGGCACCUCUCGUCUCAAAUUCUAAAUUUAAAAACUCCCAAAUCGUUUCUUCAUUCCUUCAGCCUAAGAGUGGUGGCUACUUCCAGCAAUUGCUACUUCCCCAAUAAUUUGGUGUCAUCUAUUCCCAACCUCCCCCCCCCCCUUUUAGUUACUUGUUUAACCACUUUGUAUCUAGUUAAGUUCUUUAUAUUAAAUUUGCUAUUUCAAAUAUUUGCCCAGGAAUGCUGCGUUUUUGGAGAGCUGGCUUGGGGGUGAGGAGGAGAGGCCAGGAGUAGCAAACAAUGUCAGCGGCUUUGAAGAAGGCAUUUCCCACACUGUAUUGCCAAACCCACCCCCUGCGCCUGUCACUCAAGUCCAGGCACAUGUGGUGUUAGCCAUUCUUCAGACUUCCAAGAACCCCAGACUCACAGACAUUAGUGAGAGAGAUCUACACUCUGGAACCCUGUGGAUGUUUCUACAACCUAUAGAUUGUCAUGGAAAGUCAGGCAAAUGGAUUUGUUUGAGCAGGUGCCAUUUGAAGAAUAAUCUCGGAUUUCAUUGACUUUUUUUUUUUUAAGUAAAAAAAUGAAAACAAUCCUUGAAGGGUAUUUUUAUUGCUCCACUCUUGUCAUAUUCGGAGAACAUAAGAGGAGUGACAUUUGGACUCCAGGCCAAUAGAAGACAGGGGCAUACUUGUGUGUUUCUACAGUUCCUUGUUAAGGUGGAAAAAAGCUUUCAAGUUCAUGUAUGAGAGUUGACAGGUUUUUAUGAAUGGUGUUGUGGCAGGAGGGCAGAGGUACAAACUGGGCUGUUCUAGUUGAAAUACCUGCUUGCCCUCUCAGAUACUGCCAGCGUUUUUUUCCUGCCUCGCUCACCGCACUGAAUGACUCGCACUUGAGAAUAUGCUCAUGAAUGUUAUAUCUGAGCUUGCUCUUUUACCUGAGGGCAGGAAGCUGAAAGGUUAGUGAUGGAGCUACCUGCUGCUCUCUACUUUCCAGGGAUUAAGGAAGAGGCUGAGACAGUUUCUUGGACAUCCUGCGGAUAUCAGAAAAUAUAUUUUGGAGGGGCUAAAAGAAGACCAGGGGAUAUAGUGUACACAUUUGCUUCCAUGGAACCCAACCAAUCUUCCCUUGGAAACAGAAACACACUCUGACAAGAGAGCUUCCCUGAACAGGCAAGAAGCUAUUAAAGGAUUCCUCCUCCUCCUUCCGUGUGCCUAAACCCUGCCAGUCUGCUAUGCCAUGAAGAUGCUUCGGUGGAAGAAGACACUCUUCCGGCAGCGUUGUCUGUUGGCCCUGGGCUGCUAUAUGCUGCUGGCCAUUGUUGCUCUGAGAUUUUCUCUCAGAUUGAAAUGUGACUUUAAUUCCCUGGGUCUGGAGUCCAGGGACUUUCAGAGCCAGCGCUGUCGGGAUAUCUUGUACAAGGCCCUGAAGCUGCCAGCAAGGAGACCCAUCAACUGUUCUGGGAUCAUCCGUGGGGACCGCACAGCAUUGGGAGAGGCUCUCCUGGACAAGCUGGACACGAAGAAGAAGCGGGAGCCUUUCACAGACACCGACUACCUCAACAUGACCAGAGAUUGUGAACACUUUAAGGCCGAAAGGAAGUUCAUACAGUUCCCACUGAGCAAAGAAGAGUUAGAUUUCCCUAUUGCAUACUCUAUGGUGGUCCAUGAGAAGAUUGAAAACUUUGAAAGGCUGCUGCGAGCUGUGUAUGCCCCUCAGAACAUAUACUGUAUCCACGUGGAUGAGAAGUCCCCAGAGACUUUCAAGGAGGCAGUCAAAGCAAUUAUUUCAUGCUUCCCUAAUGUCUUCUUGGCCAGUAAGUUGGUUCGGGUGGUUUAUGCCUCCUGGUCCAGGGUGCAGGCUGACUUGAACUGCAUGGAAGACUUGCUCCGGAGCUCAGUGCCAUGGAAAUACUUCCUAAAUACAUGCGGGACAGACUUUCCUAUAAAGACCAAUGCUGAGAUGGUCCUGGCCCUCAAGAUGUUGAAUGGGAAGAACAGUAUGGAGUCAGAGAUACCUACUGAGUACAAAAAAUCUCGCUGGAAAUAUCACUAUGAAGUGACAGACACACUGCACAGAACCAGCAGAAUGAAGGACCCUCCUCCUGACAAUUUACCUAUGUUCACAGGUAAUGCCUAUAUUGUGGCUUCUCGAAGCUUUAUUGAACAUGUCUUAGAGAACCCCAAAUCACGACAGCUGAUUGAAUGGGUAAAAGACACCUAUAGCCCCGAUGAACACCUCUGGGCCACCCUUCAGCGUGCACCAUGGAUGCCUGGCUCUGUUCCCUAUCACCCCAAGUUUCACAUCUCAGACAUGACUGCCAUUGCCAGGCUGGUCAAGUGGCAGGGCCAUGAGGGAAACAUCAGUAUGGGGGCACCUUAUGAACCUUGCUCUGGAAUCCACCAGCGGGCUAUCUGUAUUUAUGGAACUGGAGACCUGCCUUGGAUUCUUCAGAACCAUCACCUGUUGGCCAACAAGUUUGACCCAAAGGUGGAUGAUAAUGUUCUUCAGUGCUUAGAAGAGUACUUACGUUAUAAGGCUGUCUAUGGGACUGAACUCUGAGAUACCCUGUGAGAGAAUUGCUACCUGGGUGAGGGCAGGAACAUGUGCAAACAUGCCCAGAAUGUGCCGGGACAGUGUGGGUGGGAGAUCAGGGCUCUGGAAUCCAUGGCGUCCCCCAGGGUAAGUGGGCUGCUCUGGAGUGUGGGUGAGUGGGUCUGUUUCCAUGCACGUUGCUGCCCUGGGUGAACACUGACUGUUCUCUCAACAGCUCCUCCACUGACCUUCUCACAGAGUGAGAAUGAGAAUGAGUUCUUUGGGAGAUUAAGGGAGGAGAAGUGUGGCAGGGGACCCUGGAUUUCACUUGAAUGUUUGGUGUCAGUUUUUCCACUCUGUGGAGAUGCUGUUCCUGAUAAUUUUAGGCUUGGUAGUGGGGAGGGGGACUUUGAUGGAAAAAGGGCUUCUCUUUUGUACCAUUAACUUAAAAAUAAAUAGCUGCUGGUCCAAAACUCUACCUUUGCUUUUUGUCUAGUAAGCCAGAAAUAAAAGUGUGAGACUUUUUCUGAUAACUGUUGAUGAUAUUUAAAAUCCCUGGGGGCUGGCUAAGAGAAUCCCCACUAUUCUAAAAUGCGCAUGGCAGGCUGUAUAAAUAGCAAAUGGAAAGAAUAUAGAGGAACAGAGCUGAUUCUUUUAUUAUUGAAAGCCCUCCUCAUUUUGUUUACAUUGCCAGAUCCAUGACUUUUCUGUAAGAGAAAAGGCAGGGUGAUUUAACCAAUUUGACUACCCAUAUCCUUAUGGGAAAAUUACAGCACUCCUUUUGCCAGCUUCACAGCUAAAGCUUAACAUUCCGUAGCAAAGAUAAUGCUAUUUACGUAAGGUCAUUGUAUAAUUUAUUGUCUAAACUGGAACAUAUUUUAGUUGGGGUGGGGGGUCUGCACUAUUAAAACAAUGUUGGGAAACGAGAAUAAACUAGGGCUGUCUAGUUGAACCAGGAAGGCUGGUUGUUCAACGUUUAGAUCUCUUGAGUCAAAACUCUAUUAUUUAAGUAGGUGAUGGAAGUGUCACUAUUUGUGGUUCUGUGGCUUAUACAUUUCCUUGUGGAGAGACAGUUGUGUGUGUGUGUAUUUGCUCACCCCCUAAUGUUACCCAGUGAAACACUUUGCUUUCCAAAGCUCCAGAGAUAAUUAUCAGACAAUUGGCCGUUAGUUAUGCUCUUCUGUGAUGGUCAAGGGUGACUAUAAAAACGAUAGGCAUAUCUUGUAUAUACGACAGCUGAUCUGAUGGGCAAAGGUUACUAUACAGAAAGAUAGGCCUGUCUUGUAUAUACUACAGCUGAUCUUCGGCAGACACUGUGCUCUGGAAAAGUGAUUUAUAUACAAAUUAAUUGGUGUAAUUAGAAUGAUGUUCCCAUUAAUAUGUCAUGAUGUCAUUACCGUGUUCUGAUUGUGACUCAGUUAAUCAAAUUUUCUCUAUGAACUUUCCCUGCAACCCCUGCACUCUGACAUCAUUAGCACUGUGGCUGACACAGUGACUUUUCUCAUAAGUUAGUGAUUGCUUUUUGUGAGGUUGUACUCCCUUGGGCGUAGGCAUUGCCACCACCAACUCACCUGUGCCAUACUAUUGAGUUUUCUUCGCUCCUCACCCCACCACGGAGAUGACUGAUGAAUAGUCACGUGCUCAGCAGAUGAACCAUGUAGCGUCUGCUCCCAACAGUGGUGAUCGUGGACCUGUCCACCUACUAGCCUUUGUGACUGUCCUUGGUCUUCCUCUGAGGGGGCUGGAUGGGGGUGCACUGCUGCUGUGGGAGGUG